AUAUACCAGGCACGGACGCUCUUUCAUGGGAGGUGGAUUUGGAACAAGCCAGUAUCUCCUUUCUCACCUACUACUAAAGGUUUUUACGAAACACGAGAAAGUUUGCGGCGCCCUCACCAUGCGAGAAGAAGACUUCAAUCAAUACGCUGUUGGGCUCACUACCCUUGACCUCCACCACUUAAAGUCGAGGCACUCUGAGCUGCUUAGUGGCCUCAACACUGUCGACCAACUUCGAGACGUCCACCUGGGAAAAUAUGUCGAGCUUCCGCAGAUCAUCGUGGUGGGUGACCAGAGCUCCGGGAAGAGCUCGGUCCUGGAAGCCAUCUCGCGCGUCCGCUUCCCCUCCAAGAGUUCUCUCUGCACUCGGUUCGCCACCGAGCUCGUUCUGAGAGACGCCGCGGACCCGAGGAUAGACGUCUCCAUCAAGCCACACGAAAAAGCCACCAAGGAGGUCAAGGAGAAGCUGACCAAGUUCACCGCAAGCGAAACGAAACUUGGCGAGCUAUCUAACAUCAUCAACAAGGCGUCUACCGUCAUGGGUAUCGACGACGGCUCCAAAGCCUUUUCGAAGCACAUUUUAUGCAUUAAAAUUUUUGGCCCAGGAAUACCUCCGCUCACUCUGGUUGACCUGCCUGGUUUCUACCACGCCAGAGGCCUCAACCAAGGAGAUGAGCAUCGUGCCCUUGUUGAUGAUCUUGCGGCGGAAUACAUGAACCAAGAGGCGAGCAUAAUAUUGGCCGUCAUCUCAGCCAAAAGCGGCCUAGAAAUGCAGAAGGUCUUGCAGAAGACAAAGCAGUAUGAUCCUCGAGGCCGGCGGACGCUUGGUAUCGUUACAAAGCCGGAUCAGCUCGAAAAAGGCGAAAUGGAGAACGAGUUUGUGAAACUAGUAAAGAACACACCCGAAACUCCGUGGCACCUUAAGCAUGGCUGGUACGUCUUGCGCAACCGUGCCGAAAAAGACGACGUGGAUUUCGAUACCCGAGACCGGGCCGAGACCAAGCUGCUCAGCUCGGCGCCGUGGACAUCGAUCAGGCAGGAAUACAAGGGCAUCAGCCCGCUUCGACAGAAGCUGAGCGACAUGCUUCUAACUCAUACCGGGUCUCAGCUGCCGAGGGUCACAAGCCGCAUCCGGGAGCUUAUGAAAGAACAAGAGAAUCACCUUGCCAACCUGGGCGAACCUCGAAUAGACCCACGCGAUUGCAGGGUAUAUCUUGGCCGCAUCGCAAAGAAGCUCGAGCAUCUCACAAGGCAAGCCGUGGGAGGUGAGACCAAGGAUUCCGAGUUUUUCGGCGCCAUCUGUGAAGGAUCAAGACUGGGGCUGGCUGGUGGCGAACACAACCUCCGAGCCCGGGUCAGAAAGCUGAACCAAGCUUUCAUCGCUAUUAUGGGAAAGCACGGGUCUCGAAGAAAUGUCGAAUGGCGGGACAAGGGAAUGGAAGAUGUUUGGGCCCUAGGCGAGUUGCCGAGCGAGCUGAAGGAAUUCGCGGCGCUUUACGACCUACCGGAGCAGGAGAGGGUAACCCAAGACGACCUCGAAAGCGAAGUCCAGGAGUGGGCCAUAGCUGCGAGGGGAAACGAGUUCCCAGACGAGUAUCCUUCGUCACUGAUGCUCACCCUGUUCGAGAACCAGGCAGCGCCGUGGAAGAGCAUCGCAGCUCGGCAUCUGGAGCUGGUAGUGGAGGAAGCCGAGUCUCUCGUCUUGAGCAUAUUGACCCACGUCAGCGGUGACGACAAUAACUUGCGCGAGAGAGUUGCAGAAGAGUUUGUGGCGCCCUUUUUUGCCGAUAGGAGGGCCGCUCUCGAAAGUAAGUUGGAGGAACUGAUACCUCAGGUCAACGGCGACUGUCAAUUAUUGGCUCUCGAGUGGGUAUACAUGGAGAGGACGCAGGCCCGGUCCAGGCUACGACUAGAGAAGCAAUGGGAGGAGCUGCAGGAGAAUAUCAAGUCGAAGACGGGGAAUGAUUCCCGGGACAGUGGCAAUGCCGGCGCCAACUUGAAGGAGCGCGCCUCGUCAUGGUCCAAUGGUGUACAGCAAUUGAGAGCUGAGAAUUUGAUCGACUCGAUGGUGGUGUUUUAUGGGAUGACAAUGGAGACGUUCAUGACCAACAUUAUAACACUGGCGGUUGAGAAGCAGCUCAUGGCGCGGAUACCGAGCAUCUUCGGGACGGCGCAGGUCAUGGGCCUCAAGGACGACCAGCUGAAGGAGCUGGCCGAAGAGUCGGAGGAUAGUCAAGCAGAGCGCAGCAAGACGGAGGAGGACCUCGCCAAGCUGAAACGGGGUCUUGAGCUAUGCGAGAGCUGGCGUAAAAGCAACAACAGUAGGUGGCAAUCGUGAAAUCCCGAGCCCUUGGGGUGUCCGUCCAAGAGCUAAUCCAGUCGGCAAUUGCUUCGCAGACAUAUCCGGGGCGAGCCGUCUGCCGGAAACGAGUGGCGCAAGGAACAGCCCCUUUUAUACGACGCGUGAGGCUGUCAGUUGAAAUAGGCGAGAGGUAUCGGGCAUCAACUCGUGGAGUACAGAGAAUUGAGGGCUCAGUCACGGGUGCAACAACAGGCUAGCCGGGUCCGGCGGGUGUAACAAUAUUUCUUCUCCUGGGGCAGCAGCAAAUUGCGAGGAAAUGCUUUCUCAAGCGAAAAUUGCGCCUGCCGGCGCGGCGGCUGUGUUGGGGACGGUAUGGGUCAGAUGAGAUGUCGGUGUGCGUUAGGACGGCGCCGCUGUCGUCCCAUGCCUGGGCAUCGAAAGAUGGCUGGCCCCAGCGUGGGGGCGCUGGCAUCUCUACGGCUAGCAAAACACGUCUCUACGAAUAGCACCAUCUAUAUAAUAAACUCAAGUACCUAUCCCUUGUCUUCGACUCGCCAACCUACGGAAAGACGGCUCGGCAUCGCGGCAGGACCAACUCCGGAC